CCUGUUGAAUGUUUUGCUUUUCUAGCCGAUGAUGCUACUGCAUCUCAACCAAAGAAGUUGGAAGUGGUUUCUAAACAAGCGACGAAGGUCACCGCUUUGUCAACCAAACUAGAAUGGAAGAUUGAUCAGUUCGAAAAACUGAUGAAACUGUUCAAGAAUGGCCAAAAUCUGAUUAGUAGACAGUUUGGAGUGCCUCAAGCUCCAACUGUAUGUUGGGAACUUCAUGUGUACCCUAACGGCAAAAGAGAGGAGGAUAUGAACAAUGUGUCGUUCUUUCUGCGUCAAGUUGGGUUACAGCGCGGGGAGGAGCCCAUAAUGACCGAAUUUCAAAUCUACGCACUAGACGUGAGUUCUCAACGAGUUAGCGUAUGCCGAGACACAAAGGAUUUCACAAACCAACAGGGUCGAGGAAAAUUUCAGGUUUCACGUGAUAAAAUGGCAGGUGCGCUAAGAGCCGAUGGGUCAUUACUGUUAAUAUGCGAGGUGGAAUAUUUCACUCCUGGAUCAAAAAUUUCUGUGGAACCUGCCGAUGACGAGGAGUGCACACUGGAAGAUGUUGACGAAAAAGUCGAACUGAGCAUACGAGAGAGCAAUCGCGAGAUGUGGGAAUCAGAACUGUUUACAGAUUGUGUCAUCAAGGUCGGCUGUAAAGAAAUAAAAGCUCAUCGAUGUGUCUUGGGGCAACAUUCCCCUGUUUUCCGUUCUAUGUUCAACAACGAGUCAAUGAUUGAGGCUAGAGAAGGCAUUAUUGAUAUACAGGACGCUAAGUACGAAUCGGUUCGAGCAAUGGUAGAAUUUAUGUAUACCGGAUCGAUGGAUACUGUGGAUUCUAAUUCUGUCGACGAAGUGCUUGCUAUCGCUGACAAAUAUGAGGUGCUUCCUCUGAAAGAGCAGUGUGAAAGGAUCAUAUCGAAUACAAUAACGCAAAAGAACAUUACUUCAAUAGCAGUCUUUGCAGAUACUUACACUGCCAACCUGCUGAAACAGGCCGUUAUACGAUACCUUACCGUUCAUCAUAAGAAUAUAAUUCGUACACCAGAAUGGAGAGCAAUGAAAAAGGAUCGUUAUGAAUUGGCAAACGAGCUACUGGAAGCAGUUCUAUCGGCUUCUGGAGAUAUGGAUGACGAAAGCAUGAAUAAUUCAAGCAAAGGACCGGCUCGAAAGAGAGUACGACGUUGCGUGAGCACAAAACAAUAG